CGCAGUUCCUGGUUCCCGCGAAGGGUUACGUGGCAGCCGGCGAGGGGCCGGCGGGCGGCGGGCGGGCGGGCGGGCGGGGGCGGCCCCUGCGCUGCCGAGCUGGCUCGGGGCGGGUGGGCGGACUUGGGGGUACUGCCAGCAUCUGCCGCUGAAGCGUCAGCCCCGCGAGGGCCGAGGAAGGCGGAAGCCCGGCCCCAGGGUCUGAGGAGUGCCGGCCUGGAGGCCACAGGCCCGAGUGACAGGGGGGCCCCCCGGUAGCUCCGAGAUUGGGAUAACGGCAAAAGCUUCUAUCAUUUUCGUUACUCUUCAGUACAAUGUCACCCUCCCCGCAACAGAAGAACAAGCUACUGAAUCAGCGUCCCUUUAUUACUAUGGUAUCAAAGAUUUGGCUACAGUUUUCUUCUACAUGCUAGUGGCAAUAAUUAUUCAUGCUGUUAUUCAAGAGUAUAUGUUGGAUAAAAUUAACAGGCGAAUGCACUUCUCCAAAACGAAACACAGCAAGUUUAAUGAAUCUGGUCAGCUUAGUGCAUUCUACCUUUUUGCCUGUGUUUGGGGCACAUUCAUUCUAAUCUCUGAAAACUACAUCUCAGACCCAACUAUCUUAUGGAGGGCUUAUCCCCAUAACCUGAUGACGUUUCAAAUGAAGUUUUUCUACAUAUCACAGCUGGCUUACUGGCUUCAUGCUUUUCCUGAACUCUACUUCCAGAAAACCAAAAAAGAGGAUAUUCCUCGUCAGCUUGUCUACAUUGGUCUUUACCUCUUCCACAUUGCUGGAGCUUACCUUUUGAACUUGAAUCAUCUAGGACUUGUUCUUCUGGUGCUACAUUAUUUUGUUGAAUUUCUUUUCCACAUUUCUCGCCUGUUUUAUUUUAGCAAUGAAAAGUAUCAGAAAGGAUUUUCUCUGUGGGCAGUUCUUUUUGUUUUUGGAAGACUUCUGACUUUAAUUCUUUCAGUACUGACUGUUGGUUUUGGCCUUGCAAGAGCAGAGAAUCAGAAGCUGGAUUUCAGUACUGGAAACUUCAAUGUGUUGGCUGUUAGAAUUGCUGUUCUGGCAUCCAUUUGCAUUACUCAAGCAUUCAUGAUGUGGAAGUUCAUUAAUUUUCAGCUUCGGAGGUGGAGGGAACAUUCUGCUUUUCAGGCACCAGCUGUGAAGAAGAAACCAACAGUAACUAAAGGCAGAUCUUCUAAAAAAGGAACAGAAAAUGGUGUAAAUGGAACAUUAACUUCAAAUGUAGCAGACUCUCCCCGGAAUAGAAAAGAAAAAUCUUCAUAAUGAAUUAUAAACUAAUUGAUUAAUGUCCCCAAAGAAAUCUGCUUUCUACUAUAUCUUUCAGCAUUAGAGAUUUUUCUGUUCUUGAAAAUACAGUCUGUGCUCUUUGAUUUUUGCUGUUGUACUGUUUCAUGCAUUUUUUUAAUGGGCAUUUGAGGGGAGGAUUAUUGCUAUGAAUGAAAAAAAUAUUUUAGCUUAGACUAAGCUACCUGCCUUCAAAAUAGUUUAGGGACCACCACCAUAUUUUAUUUUGUUUUUAUUUUUGAACAUUUUUCUAAUGAUUUGGAGAGAAAACUAUUUACAAAAAUUCCACAUAUCAGUGAUACAAUUUCUUGCUGUCACCAAUUUUUUAUAAUAGCAGAGUGGCCUGUUCUAAGAAGGCCAUAUUUUUUAAGUUAUCUUUCAGGGUAAAAUGGAACUACUAUAAAGUUGGAUGUCAAACUUUAAUAUGUUUUCAGUGUUCUCUAAUUUUUAGGAAUUUUUGUAACCUUUACACCUGGAAAAAAAGAUUUGUAAAAUCGCCAAAACAAUUGUGUGCUUCAUUUUAUAGGUAGUGGUUAUUAGUAUUACAUCCCCAUUUUAAAAACAAAAACAUAAUGGUUACAACAUGUGGAGUUUUAUUGACAUACAUAUUAAAUCAAAGUAUAUUCUUAAAAGUGCUUGUGAAGUAAAAUCUUUCUUGUGCAUUUUCAAUACUUGUAACCUGGAAAUCAGAAAAUAUUUACUAUGAACAGGAAAAUCGGACUUAUAUAGCCCUUUUUGAUAUGUUUAUUAAUAAUGAUUCUUAAUGGGGCUCAUAAUAAGUUUAAUAUGCACAGCAUCUUAGAAAAGUUUAACCUGCAAACCCUUUUAAAACAUAAUGCCUACUUGAUUUAUAUCUAUAAAAAGAAUGUCAGGUAAUUAUAUUUGGAAAACAUUUAAUGCACUAACUUUAAAGAAAUUGAAAAUUCAGGUGGAUAAAUAGUCUUACAAAAGACAAUGUGCUUUAUGUUAUACCUAUAGCUUUGGUCCCAUCUUUAAUUGAGAAACAUUUAUCUGUAUAAAACAUAUUUUUGGAUAAAUAUAUAUAUAUAUAUUUGUAUCUCUACAGAAAGGCUCUAAAAAGCAUUUGAGGAAAAUAUUUGGUUCCCUUUUCUAUAAUUAUCCUUUAAGAUCCGUAUAGCUACAUUUGGUUUAUUCAUUGUAUUUGCAGUAUAUAUAUUGUUCCUUUCAGUGUUCACAUCUUGUUCCCCAUUUCUCACUUGUGUCACCGGCUGUUUGUGCCAUUUUUAGUGUAAAAGUUGCAGACCUAUUAGAUCUGCAGUUUAAGUUGCCAUGCUGCUAGGAAGUUGUCCUUUUUCUUUCCAGCUGUUUACCUACUUCCUGGAAAAAGUAGUAGCUCUCUGUAGCAUUAUGGAGUUUCAGUGGAACCAAAUCUUUGCCAUUAAAAACUGGCAUUAUACUGAACUAUACAUUGAGAAAUCAAUCAAAAUAAAAAUUUUUACUUUCACAAGUUG